AUGGGUGCGCGCGUCGGGUCCUCUCCGCGGCCCCUGCUGCUGCUGCUCCUGCUGCUCUGGAGGUUGGGACAGCCCGGGGCGCAGGCGGCAUGGAGACGAAGGUCAGACAGGCAGAAUAUCUUCCGCCAGGCCGCCAGCAACGUUUACCAGGGCGCCUGCCAGGUGUGCGGAGAGGACAAUGUGCGUAUCGUGCAGAAGUUUAUCUCCAAGUCCACAGAGCGAUUUGUAAAUGGUGUGGAUGUGUUAGUAAACGCUCUUUGGAUCGUGUGGAGUGACCUGCUGGAUGUUCUCGGAAUUGAUUCCUCGAACCUGACCCAUAAUUUUCACCCUGACGCUAUGGCCAACAAUCCCACGGGAGCUCUGUUGUUGGUUGGUGUGGAACUCAUGGCCUACUGGCUCCUGUCUCUUUUCCUCGGCUAUCUCUCCCAUCUUUUGCACUUGCUAUUUGGUCGCUUCUUCUGGGCCGUGAGGAUCAUCCUGUUUACCCUCUCCUUCGUGUAUAUCCUGCAGAAGUAUGAAUGGGAGCCUGAUUAGACUGUCCUGCCCCUCUUCAUAGUCACCACGAUUUACUUUACGAUGAGCCCAUCCAUCUAG